GGCGGCCUGGGGCGGAGCGACCUGCGUACGACGUGACGCCAUCACGCUCCGGUCGGCCCUCUGCCGGGCGUAAGCCGAAACUGUGGAGUUCUGAGGUGGGUUGUUUGCCAGUCCCGGAGCGCCGCAGCGUGGGAGCCCUCACUGAAGGCGAGGUGACCAAAGCCACAUCAUGUCCGUAGUUCGUUCAUCCGUCCAUGCCAAAUGGAUCGUGGGUAAGGUGAUUGGGACAGCAAUGCAAAAAACUGCUAAAGUGAGAGUGACCAGACUUGUUCUGGAUCCCUAUUUAUUAAAGUAUUUUAAUAAGCGAAAAACCUACUUUGCCCACGAUGCUCUCCAGCAGUGCACCGUUGGGGAUAUUGUGCUUCUCAAGGCGCUCCCUGUCCCAAGAACAAAGCAUGUGAAGCACGAACUGGCUGAGAUCGUUUUCAAAGUUGGACAAGUCGUAGAUCCAGUGACUGGAAAGCGCUGUGCAGGAACCACUUACCUGGAGAGCCCAGUUGAUAUGGAGACCACCCCACUAGCCAAAAACCUGGAAGAACUCAGUCUCUCCACAACACAGUGAAGGAGGAUCGGAAAACAGAGCCAAAAGGGAAUUUCUAAGUUUACUCCAUGGAAAAAUUUUUCUCAGUUUCCUCACAAACCGUCCAGUUUCUUGUCUGGUAUUUAUGAAAUCGCUAAAAGUAAAUGAAGUAAAGUCUUUGUUAUAAUUUUUCAUAAAAGUUUAUGGUCAUGUUUCA